AUGCAACCUUUCUUCGAGCUGUGGGCGUGGCAGUACGACGGGCCAUACGGCAGCGUCCAGUCCACCUCCAUAGUCUUACCUCACCUCCAGCCUACAGCACCCGCUGUCUGCACCUGCUCCGCUACGUUCGCAGGUAUGGGCUCGGGGGAGGGGGUUGAGGCUUUUUCUUGCGCGCCAGCCACGCAGAAGUACAGCCGCAGCCACAUGUCCCGCGGCGUGGUCUCGCGCGGCACGCUGCUGGGCGAGCUGCCGCAGCAGGUCACGCUGCGCACGGUGGACCUCGCCGGCGCCAAUGCCGGCGCCGACGACGGGCUGCUGCCGAGCGUGGUGCGGGAGAUCUCGCUGCUGCGCUCCCUGAGCGCCUACGGGCAUGAGGGCAUCGUGCGGCUGAUCGGCGUGGAGGUCCUCGGCGAGAAGGCUCGCGUCGUGGCGGCGCAGCGGGGCGAGCAGCACGAGGGCGGGACGGUGAUAUCCAGGGUCACUUGCCACCCGAUACUCGAGCUGCCUGUUGAGCUCGGCCCGGCCGAGCUGGGCGCAGCGCCGGCCGCUGGGCGCUGUGCUGGCGCGAGGGGCGUCCUGCGAGCACCCCCGCCGAACCCGUCACCGCAUGCGCGGAAGCCGGCUUCGGUGACCGCGGGCGGAGCACAGAGAGGAGCUGCGCUGAUCAUCAACAACCUGGGCAAGCCCCGGCUGGCUCGCUUCUACUACCCGAUUCCCGUGGACCAGCAGCAGCGGGCCCAGAAGGCGCUGUUCUCGGCGGUGAGCAGGCGAUCCGACGAGCUGUCCUGUGCCUUCGCGGACGACGACCAGGGCCUGUGGGACGACGAUCACAAGAUCAUCUACAGGCACUAUGCCACCCUGUACUUUAUCUUCGUGGUCGACAGCUCGGAGAGCGAGCUGGGCAUCCUCGACCUGAUCCAGGUGUUCGUCCAGGUGCUCGACACGUGCUUCGAGAACGUGUGCGAGCUGGAUCUGAUAUACCACUUCGACAGGGUAAACUUUAUAUCCAGGCGGAUUGGACGAGCUCGUCAUGUCUGGGAUGGUCGUGGAGACCAACGCCGACCUGGUCAUCCAGGUCAUAAAGGAGACCAAGGCCCUGGAGAGCGAGGGUUCCCUCUUCGGGAUGUGAGCCGCGGGGCGCCGGCCGCCUUCCCCCCGCCUGCCGGCCGCCCCCCUCUCGAGCGGCGCGCGCUCGGGAGGCAUCAAGCAGUGGCGAAGCGUCCUGGCUCGCCUGUAGCCUUGCCAAGCAAUAUUCUAGUAACCUUUUGUCCUUUCCACGAGAUGUUCUUAGAACAUUUCUGGCUGGGACUGUCUUAG